AGUUCUGGUUGCAGUUUGGAAUAAGCACUGCUGGAGGACUACAAAUAUUGACGUAGCAUAAUUAUUACUGUUUUACAAAAGUUAUACCGGUGUAGCCUAUUUGAUCUCAAUGUUAUGUUGUUGGUUCAUCAAAUCACAUUUUGCACUUUGAGUGUUGGACUUCUUAUCUUUUAUUACAUUUUUCUCCCACAUAACUCUGGAUCAACUUGAAUGGAAUUCUGGAUGUAAUCUGGAUGUGCUGUAUAAACUAUCAUGGGUGAAUCGUCAUGACGACAGAACCAAAUUCAGAGUCAAGUGCGGACCAGCAGGAGGCCAGUGCGGUUCCACCCCUGGAGGCGGACUCUUUCCCCCCGGCCGCCACCCACAGCACGCCCGUCAGGAAGAAGCAGAACGGCGAGAGAGCGGAGGGAGGCGUGGUCCCACAGGGGAAUCAGCUUGAGCCAUCGCAGGUGGAGGAGGACAGGACCUCACACAGGUCGUCCAUCAGUAAGCUGUCCAGGUCCCCCGGUGGAGGCCGGAGCGUCCGCAGCUACAGGACCAUGCAGUGCAAGGUCACCCUGCUCGAUGGCUCCGACUACACCUGCGUGGUGGAGAAACGGGAGAGAGGCCAUGUGUUAUUCGACAAAGUUUGUGAGCAGCUCAACCUCCUGGAAAAGGACUACUUUGGCAUCACAUUCCGGGAUAUCGAAAACCAAAAGAACUGGUUAGACCCAUCCAAGGAGAUGAAGAAACAGAUCAGAGGUGCGUGGAAUAUGGGAGUCGCCUGGAAUUUUUCAUUCAACGUGAAGUUCUACCCUCCAGACCCAGCCCAGCUGUCUGAGGAUAUUACAAGAUAUUACCUGUGCCUCCAGUUGAGGGAUGACGUGGUGUCGGGGCGUCUGCCCUGCUCCUUUACCACCCACACGGUGCUGGGAUCCUACACGGUUCAAUCAGAGCUGGGGGACUACGACCCAGAGGAGUCUGGGACGGACUACGUCAGCGAGUUCCGCUUUGCCCCCAACCAGACCAAGGAGCUGGAGGAGAAGGUCAUGGACCUGCACAAGAACUACAAAGGAAUGAUGCCAGCUGAGGCUGAGAUGCACUUCCUGGAGAACGUGAAGAAGCUGUCCAUGUACGGAGUGGACCUUCACCAUGCCAAGUUGGUAGGAAGCCUGUUUGAGUGCUUGUCUCCAGCUAAGGGCGAGGAUUCCGAGGGUGUUGAGAUCAUGUUGGGCGUGUGCUCCAGUGGUCUUCUGAUCUACCGUGACCGCUUGCGCAUCAACAGGUUCGCCUGGCCCAAGGUCCUCAAGAUCUCCUACAAAAGGAAUAAUUUCUACAUCAAACUACGCCCUGGAGAGUUUGAGCAGUUUGAAAGCACAAUCGGGUUCAAGCUCCCCAACCAUAGGGCGGCCAAGAGAUUAUGGAAGGUUUGCGUGGAGCAUCACACCUUUUUCAGGUUGGUGUCUCCAGAAACUCCCCCCAAGAAGUUCCUAAACCUGGGUUCUAAGUUCCGCUACAGCGGAAGAACCCAGGCCCAGACGCGACGAGCGAGCUCCCAGAUCGUCCGCCCGGCGCCCCGCUUUGAGCGCUCCACCAGCAAGCGCUACAUCAUGUCGCGCAGCCUGGACGGAGCUCCGCAGAGUACACCCAAAAGGAGUUCACCCAAUAGGAGUUCACCCAAAAGGAGUACACCCCAAAAAACUGUAUCACCGAGAAUUAAACCACCUGCUAGUUUAAACGGCACUAAACCAACAGAGAUGGGCUCGGACCUAUACGGAAGGGCGAAGGGCAUCGCCGUGAGCGACCUCAUCACCACGGUGACACCGGAGAAAAAGGUGGAGGAGAGGAGGGCGGAGGAAGAGGUGGAAGUAGAGGUGCAGGUGGAGGUGGAGCUGGAGGAGGAGGACGAGACCACAAUAGCCACCGAGAUCUCUCAGCCAAGUCCAACCUCUCCCAUUCGACAUGACACCAAGACUGAACUGACUGACACUGGGGUCGAUGGCGAACUGACAGCCACUGAGUCGGACCAAGAGGAUGAGUCUGAGUUAAAGACACAGAACAGUUUCAUAAGGCGAAUAAAGGGAGAGAAUGUGUUUGUCAGACAUAGUGUGCUGAUGUUAGAGGACACAGUGGGCACACCGGAGGAGCUGUUGAAACACGCAACCAACAUCAGCGAGCUCAAGAGGUCGUUCCUGGAGACGAGUGCAGACACGGCCGGCCUCACCGAGUGGGAGAAGAGACUAUCCUCGUCCCCCCUGCGCUCGCCGCGUCUCGACGAAGCCCCUAUGAUCGAACCACUGGAGCUCGAUGAAGUACCGAGCAAAGAGGAUGAGAGAGCCAUGGCUGCAGGCAGUAGCCUUGAGGAGGAGAUCAAUCACAGCCCUGUGGAUACUAAGACUACUGUGCCUAAGCCAACCUUUGAGGAGAUGUCCCCGGAGCUCACCGCUCUCUUACAGUCAGCCCGAUAUCAGACCAGCACGCAGGGUUGGACUGCCUCGCCUGCCCAUAGUCAGGCCCUGCUCAAGACAACAGAGAAGAUGGAGCGGAUCAUGCUGCAGACAGAGGUGGUAUCAUCCCAGCAAACAGAAGAGGUUGAGGAUCAGCUGAAAGAACAGCCGGCAGAGGACCAGGAGCAGCCGGUCGAGAAACAGCCUGAGCAGCCUGAGCAGUCAUCUGUGCUGGAGUCUCCAGAGGUCCUGAUCUUCAACAGGGCAGACGUGACGGAGGAGACUGAGACGCUGGUGACCCAGGAGGUACCUGGAAUACACACGGAAAUGAAAACCAUCACAUACCGGUCACUGGAGGGCGACGCUGACACUGAUCCCGAGGCAGGGGUGUUGAUGAGCGCCCAGACCAUCACCUCAGAGACCACCAGCACCACCACAACCACACAUAUCACCAAGACUGUGAAAGGAGGCAUCUCGGAAACGAGGAUAGAGAAGAGAAUCGUCAUCUCUGGGGAUGCAGACAUUGACCAUGACGAGGCCUUGGCUCAGGCCAUAAAAGAGGCCAAAGAGCAGCACCCUGAUAUGUCAGUGACAAAAGUAGUGGUCCACAAAGAGACUGAGAUCACGCCCGAGGAGGGCGACGAGUGACCGCAGGAUUGAAGGAUCACCGGGUUCACCGACGUUUCGGGAGCAUUCUGUUAACGUUACUUCACGCUGUUCAGAGUAUGGAAUGCAAGCAGGAUACUGACGUUGCCAACAGACAACACACCACUGUAGAGGACACUACUACUACUGCAUCUGACCACUACUGGACUAACCUAACCCACACUCCCUCACUAACAUUACUGGCAAACACAAACCUCCAAAGCUGGCCAGCCCUUCAUCGGAACAUGUAUACUGCAUGAAAAGGGAUCAUUUCUGCAUUUUUGUAAAGGAGAAAACAAAUACAUUUGAGGAAAUAUCAAAAUAUAUACAUGUUUUACUUGACCUGUGCACUCAGGCUCAAAGGGAAAAUAAUGUAUGUGAUGAGAAUUUGGAGAAUUAUGAUAGUAUACUCUGUUUUAUUUAUUAUCAAACUAUAAUAAUAGUAGCUAGGCUGAAUGUGUAUGAUGGCACAAUAUUUAUCCAUGCAAUAGAUGUGCCAUUAAUCUUGCCAUAAUUCCCCUUAUUUAUCCCAAAUGCUGAUUUUAUUCCAGUUUACAUACAGUAUUGCCUGUAAAAAGGCAAAAAUAGUAUGUAUGGUACUGGUACGUACAUUUGCUUAGUAGGCCAUAUACCCUCGAAGAUGAUUUUGUUGUGUUUACUUUAAUUGUAAAUAUGUUCAUUUGGUUUUCCUUCAGUUACAAAGUAAAGAUGAGGAUGAUGAGGCAAAAUCUCGUAGAAUUGUGUGUUAGAAGGGAAUGUUAAACAGACUCCAUUACUGUGACUUCCGAGUUGAUCAAGAAAACCCUUAUAAUAUGUCUUCACGUGGUGGUCGGUUGAUUUAACUUUCUUCUUGGGUUGUAUCUGAAAUGACAACCUAUUCCCUAUAUAGUGGACUCUGGUCAAAAGUAGCGUACUAUAUAGAGAAUAGAGUGCCAUUUUAGACAGUCUUGCUCAUUCUUAAAUCAUACCCAUCAUCCUCCUCUCAUCCCUGCGUGGCACAUCCAAGCCUUAAAACUGUGAAGAACGGACAGACAACAACCUCCAGUACAACCCUGCAAUGUGUGUUUGUGUGCUUGAUUUCUCCAAGGCCGAUGUGUAAGCGGCCAUCCCACACAGGGGCAUCAUGCUCUUUGAACCUGAGGUGUUACCAUCGGGUGGCACAUGCUCCCCUCAAUGUAAUCAACUGGGAUGAGAAUGCAUCAUUAGCAGUGUCUUAUAUAGAAUGAAAACUAAGACAUUAUAUGUUUGGUCUUCGGUCCCCCCUCAGAGAUAUUAAGAGCAUGAUGCCUCUAAUCCCACUCCUUCAACUCAUCAGCUGCAAAAUCAUCCAUGUUGAAUGUGUUUCACACAAGAUAAAUAAAAUGAUAAAUACA